CUGCGCAGGGGAGCGGAGCAGGCAGACAUGUACAGCCUCGCCUUCUCCCCCAAGGCGCAGUUGCUGGUGGCCACCAGUGACAGGGGCACCGUGCACGUGUUCUCGCUGCUGCACUCCCAGGCGCAGGGGCAGGGGAGUGGUGGGGGAGCGCUGUCGUUGUUUGGAUUGAUGAAAGGGGUCCUCCCCAAGUACUUCAGAGAGGAGCGCUCGCUGGCCUUCUACCGCACCGGUGUGCACACGCACAUGCUCGCUGCCUUUGGCGCCGAGGCAAACACCGUCAUUGUGGUCAGCAGCGCUGGCGCGUACUACAAGCUUCAGUUCGACCCACAAGCAGGCGGUGAAAUGAAACUGUUGAAAGAGGCUAACUUCCUCGCGACCGAGGAGCAUUGA